CUCCCCUCUCCCCGGUUGUGCCCCCCAAAAGCCCCGGAGCCCCCUCGGACGCCCCCCGACCAUGGCAGCGCUGCCCGGGACGGUGCCGCGGAUGAUGCGCCCGGCGCCGGGGCAGAACUACCCCCGCACCGGCUUCCCGCUGGAAGUGUCCACCCCGCUGGGCCAGGGCAGGGUGAACCAGCUCGGAGGGGUUUUUAUCAACGGGCGUCCUCUUCCCAACCACAUCCGUCACAAAAUCGUGGAGAUGGCUCACCACGGGAUCCGGCCCUGCGUGAUCUCCCGGCAGCUCCGCGUCUCCCACGGCUGCGUUUCCAAAAUCCUCUGCCGCUACCAAGAGACCGGAUCCAUCCGGCCCGGCGCCAUCGGAGGCAGCAAACCCAGGCAGGUCGCGACUCCCGACGUGGAGAAGAAAAUCGAGGAAUACAAGCGGGAGAAUCCCGGGAUGUUCAGCUGGGAAAUCCGGGACCGGCUGCUCAAGGACGGGCACUGCGACCGCAGCACGGUGCCCUCAGUGAGUUCGAUUAGCCGCGUGCUCCGCAUCAAAUUCGGCAAGAAGGAGGAGGACGAGGACUGCGACAAGAAGGAGGAGGACGGCGACAAGAAAGCCAAGCACAGCAUCGACGGCAUCCUGGGCGACAAAGGGAACCGCCUGGACGAGGGCUCGGACGUGGAGUCGGAGCCGGACCUGCCGCUGAAGCGGAAGCAGCGCCGGAGCCGCACCACGUUCACGGCGGAGCAGCUGGAGGAGCUGGAGAAGGCCUUCGAGAGGACCCACUACCCCGACAUCUACACCCGCGAGGAGCUGGCCCAGCGCACCAAGCUCACCGAGGCCCGCGUGCAGGUGUGGUUCAGCAACCGGCGGGCUCGCUGGCGCAAGCAGGCCGGAGCCAACCAGCUGGCGGCCUUCAACCACCUGCUGCCGGGGGGCUUCCCGCCCACGGGCAUGCCGGCGCUGCCCCCGUACCAGCUGCCCGACUCCUCCUACCCCACCACCACCAUCUCCCAAGACGGCGGCAGCACCGUGCACCGGCCGCAGCCGCUGCCGCCCUCCACCAUGCACCAGGGCGGCCUGGCCGCCGCCGCCGACUCCGGCUCGGCCUACGGCGCCCGGCACAGCUUCUCCAGCUACUCCGAGAGCUUCAUGAACGCCGCAGCCCCCGCCAACCACAUGAACCCCGUCAGCAAUGGCCUCUCCCCGCAGGUGAUGAGCAUCCUGAGCAACCCCAGCGGGGUCCCACCGCAACCCCAGGCCGAUUUCUCCAUCUCUCCCCUCCACGGCGGCCUGGACAGCACCAACUCCAUCUCGGCCAGCUGCAGCCAGCGCAGCGACUCCAUCAAAUCCGUGGAGAGCCUCCCGACCUCGCAGUCCUACUGUCCCCCCACCUACAGCACCACCAGCUACAGCGUGGACCCCGUGGCCGGCUACCAGUACGGCCAGUACGGCCAGACCGCCGUGGAUUACCUGGCCAAGAACGUCAGCCUGUCCACGCAGCGCCGCAUGAAGCUGGGCGAGCACUCGGCCGUGCUGGGGCUGCUGCCGGUGGAGACGGGCCAGGCCUACUGAGAGCCCCGGCAGCGGAGAGACCUCUGGAGAACCCCACCGGCUUCCAGGGAUCCUCCCUGAGCCCAUCCACCCCAGCUGCCCAGGAGAUGGGAGAGAAGGGGGGAGCUCUCCCGGGAUCCGGCUCCUCCAGAGCAUUCCAGAGGCGAGUCCAGCCCGUGGGGUCUGACUCCUCCUGUGGCCAGAGACAACGGCUUGGGUGCAUUUAUCGACCCCCAGCCCUCCCUCCAAACCUCCUGGCCAUGCCAUUCCCUCACACUCCAGAACUUUCCAUUCCCUAGGUAGCUGGAAA